AUGACGUAUUCAGAUACCAGGCUCUUGGAAAAGUCCAGCCUGAUGGUGCAUUUCUCAGAGAAGCUGGAGGCUGAGUCCUUUGAUCGCCAGGCCCCAAGGCCGGGGCAGGACACUUGUGGCUCCGUGCCGGAACCGGGCCCAGGCUCCGCAGAAGGGCUGCAGACCCUGAAGAGAAAGUACCAAAGGCAGAUCGCGGAGGUGAAAGACGCCAGCGGGGAGAUCACCAAGCCCUUGAAAUCUCUCUCUCGCUUGCAGUUGGCAUAUCGCAUUAUUGAACUGAGCAAAUUACUCAAGGCCAAAGAGUGUGAACUGCAGGAGCAGAAAACAAGAGCAGCAGCAGCUGGCGGGCCAGGCGGGGGGCCUGGGCUGUGGGAACGGCGCGAGCGUUACCGGCUCCAGGAGGCCGAGCUGCGGGGAGGGGCUGAGAGGGGGGAGGAGCUGCUUCAGAGCCUGGUGCGGAAGAAGAAGGAGGCUGCCGAGCACCAGAACGAGAAGAACGAGAGGGUGAAGCAGGCCAGGCUGUGCCGGGAGCUGAAGAAGGCGACGAAGAGGACAGUCAGCAUUGAUGUGGAAGCGGAUGAGGGGAAACCAGCGGAGGUGAACGUGCCCGUCAGCGAGCUGGCAGAACUGGAAGGCUGCAAGAAGCUGUGGAAAAGGCCUUUCCGAUCUGCCUCCGCCACAUCCGUGACUCUGGCCCGGUGCAUGGGCGUCUUCAAGGGGCUGCUGGAUUUCAGGCUGAAACGAGGGAACUCCAUCGGCAGUGAAUCGGAAGUGCACUACCGCUCCCUGCCCAUCUGUCUCGUCACCUGCCUGCCGUCCCGAGUCAGCGACGUCCAGGAGGCGCACUCCUCUGAGGUGAAUGCCGUCAAGUUCGGUCCCAGCUCCGGCGUGCUGGCCACGGGCGGGGCCGACAAGGUCAUCAGACUCUGGAACGUGGCGGGAGGGAGGCUGAAGGACAUGCAGACCUUGGAAGGGGCUAACGGCACCAUCACCAGCAUCGAGUUCGACCCAUCGGGGCACCAGAUCUUGGCGGCGUCGUACAACAAGGCCGUGCACUUGUGGCACAUCAGGGACUGCAAAUCCAAAGAGACGCUCACGGGCCAUGCGGACAAAGUGACAGCAGCCAAAUUCCGUUCCACGCGCCAUCAAGCGGUGACAGGCAGCCGGGACAGGACAGUCAAAGAGUGGGACCUGUGCAAAGGGGCCUGCUAUAGGACCAUCAACGUCUUCUCCUACUGCAAUGACGUGGUGUGCUGUGACAACGUCAUCAUGAGCGGCCACCACGACAAGAAGAUCCGCUUCUGGGACAGCAGGGGGGCCCGGUGCACAGAGGUGAUCCCGGUGGAGGGCCAGGUCACCUCCCUCCACAUCAGCCAGGACCAGAUGCACCUGCUGAGCUGCUCCAGGGACAACACGCUCAAGGUCAUCGACCUGAAGAUGAACAACGUCCGGCAGGUGUUCCAGGCCGACGGCUUCAAGUGCGGCUCGGACUGGACCAAGGCGAUAUUCAGCCCUGACAAGAGUUACGCCCUGGUGGGCUCCUCCAACGGCUCCCUCUACCUCUGGAACAUGGAGAGCGGGAAGCUGGAAACAGUCCUGUCCGGGGAGCACAGGGCCUCCGUGAAUGCCGUGGCGUGGUGCUUCUCGGGCCAGUACGUGGUGAGCGUGGACCAGGGGAGGAAGGUGGUGCUGUGGAGAUAGCGCUCAGCAUGCAGCCGGACUGGGGAGGAGGAAUCCAGCCCCUUCUUGCCCUGCAGCCCUGCCCGGCCCCUUCCGCUACCGUUCAGCUCCCCAGGCGGACGGAUGCAGACGGGUGCUGCUGUCCAGAGCCUCUGCCUCCUCUAGCAACUCCGCCCCCCACAAGCAGAGCCCGUCGGGGGACGUUCUGUCAAAGGGAGAUUGUCGACAAAGGGCAGGUUUCUGGGUCCCGGCAGGAGCAGGAAGCUGCCGGUCCAGCGUCCACAGGAGCGGCCUGCCCUGCCGAGAAGGAUGCUGUGUCAAGCAGGUGGAGCAGCCUGACUUGGUCGCGGGACGUGCCGUAGAGGGAGGAGCGGCGUGUGCCUGGCAUUUCACCCGGAGGCGGGGGUGCUAAGCUCAGCCACACUUCUGGGCUGGGCUCAGUGCAGUGCGCACCUCCCCCCCUCCUGCAAACGGUCGCCUGGACGUGGGCGGGAGGACUCGCCGUUUCCAAGCCUGUGCGUGAGUGGCCAGGCUGCCUGGAACCUGGGCUGCGGGGCUGAGGCCGGGUCUCAGGGCCGUGCUAGCGCGUCCGCCCUGCCCAACGCAGCCCGUCUGACUCGGAUCUGCCGCCUGAGCUGUUUCCACAGGACUGAGGCUCUCGCCUGCCCCCGGUAGGGCCUACGACCUGAGUGCUGGCCAAGCCCAGCCAGACUCCCGUGUGUGGACGGAACUGGGGUUUGCCUGGGCUUAGCGGGAACUGCGACCGUGCCCAGGGGCUCCUAGGCCGGGUCGCUAGGGUCUGUCCCGGCACCAAUAAUAAACCCUGACCAAUCUGUGCCUCCCACGGGCGCCUAAGGUGAACUCUGAGUGAGUGAGUGAGUGCGGGGGGGACCUGGAGCCAAUGCAAUCUGUGGCCAGGAUGCCACUAACUGCAGGGAGGGGCUGCCCCUUUGGAUGCC